AUGUCUUAUCAAAUUGAAAAGUGCUAAAUACAUAAUAUUGAUAAACUAUAUAUCAAUUUAGAGAAGAAUACUCAAAAAUACAUGAAAACUGAAUGUAUUUAAUGUAUAAAAAAGGAAUCAAUCAGCAUAGAAGAAAUAUUAAUGAAGUUCCGAUAACUGUCUUCCAUGCAAUCAAAAAUAAUAUAGAAUCAAUAAAUUAUGGGUGAAAUGAAUAAUAUUGUGUAGUAAUCAAAUUUGGUAUUACAAUCGUAUUAAUAAAUGCAUAAAAAAAUUUAAGAUUAGCAUGAUAAAUGGUUAAAAAUAAAUUCAUAAUAUGAAGAGAUUUAGAAAUUGUUAAAAUCUAAUUAUUAUAAUUAAGAAGAUUUAUGUUAAAUAGCUGAAAUAACUUUGAAUUCUAAUCUUAUGAAUGUACCAAGUUUUGCAUCAGAUUAAUUAGAUAAUUUACAUUAAUUAAAUAUUAAACUUCAAUAAAUUAAUUAAAUUUUACAUUCAAAUCCAAUAAAUAUUAAGAGAAAUCCUCUAAUAACAACAAACAAGGAGAAUUAAUAAUAAUAAUUAUAACAAAUAAACAAAAAUAGUACUGAUUAAAAGUAAGAAUUUGAACAAUUAACUUAAUUUUAAACCAAUAUUAUUGUAUAUGCAAUAGCUUUUAGUUUUGACAAUUCAAAAAUAGUAAUUGGAGGAGGAAAUUAUAAUCAGAUCUAAAAUAAAAAUUUAAUGGUUUUAAGUUUAUGCGGUGAUAAUAAAUUGUAAAGUGAAACUAUUUUAUAUGGUCAUUCUAAGAGAGUUACAGCCAUCUCAUAUAGUAAAAAAGAUCAUUUUUUUGUUUCAGGUAGUUUAGACUUUACACUUAGAUUGUGGAGGUAUGAAGUCAAAAAUUAAAAUUGGGAUUGCAUUAAAUAAUUGAAUAAACACACUUCAACAGUAUUUGGAUUAGCAAUUAAUAAUUAAGAUAAUUUAAUAAUAUCAUGUGGACAUGAUUCUAAAAUAUUUGUUUGGAAAAAUAUAAAUCAAAAUUGGUAGGAUGCUCAAAUGAUAUCUGAUCAUAUUGCUGCUGUUAAUAGUAUCAGUUUUUCAGAGGAUAAUACAUUAUUAGCAUCAGGAAGUGAAGAUAGUAAAGUAUAUAUUUGGAGAAAUGAUUAUGAUAUAUUUAAUAAGAUAGAUUAAAUAGAUGUACCUUGUUCAAGUUUUAUUUAUUGUGUUCAUUUUAUACAAAAUAAUUCACUUAUUGUUGGUACUUAUGAUGGUAAUAUAUCAAUAUGGUAGAAUAAUUAAAAUAAAUAUCAAUUAUGUUUUGAAAAUAAUCCAAAAUUUGGAUAUAUCAAGAAAAUAGUAUAUAAUUAUAAUCAAUCAUUGAUCAUUACAAAAUGUGAACAUAGAACAAUUAUCUGGAAAAUUAUAAACAAUAAUAAAAUUGAAUAAAUCAAAGUUUAUGAAGGUGAAUACUUAGGAAUAGGAUUAUCUUAAGGUCCAUCAAUAAUUGCUAUGUUUAAUUGUGAAAAAAAAGAGCUUGAAUUGCUUUAAUGUAAUAUAUGA